GUAAAGAGGUAGGGAGUGAAAUCAAAUCACAAAAUCCCACAAUUGAAAAAUCCAAGAAUGGCUUCUUCAAAGGUUGUGUCUAGGUUGUGUUCUCGACUACAGUCUCACGCUCUCAAGCUCAACAAAACACCCCUCUCUACGCUCAACUCGCCCUUCCCUGCUUCUACAAGACCCAUUUCUCGCAUCUCACGAUUGCCUGUGGAGCUGAGCAGUUUGGACUCAAUGCUGCCCUUACAUAGUGCAACUGCUUCGGCUCGGUUAAGAUCAAGCUUGUCCUUGGAAUCUCACUGCUGGGGUUUAGUUCCUCAAGGUAUAUCAAUGCCUUUAUGACAGAGUUUGCAGCAAGCGGACACAGGGUAGAUUUUCUGUUGAGGAUAGAAAUGUAGUGCUUUUGUUUUGUUUCCAAUUCAAAAUUCUAUGAUGUUUACGCAAUCUUUUUGGUAUCUUUAUCUUUUAGUAUCUUCCUCAAGUGAUGCCAAAUAUUGCUUGGUUUUUACUUUCUGGAUAUCAUUGUUCAACAAGUACUAUGCAUUUCCUUUUAUGCGAGAGUGCCCCCAAAGAGAAAAAGGUGGUAUGUAGCUUGUUCUUUCUUGUUUCCAGUUACAGGCUAUAACAAUCUUACAUGGGUGACAUUGUUUCAAUGUUUCAUUUUUCUAUUUGGCGAUACUGGCAAUUCAAACCAAGUUCCUUAAAAAUGGUGGGAAGGAUUGUGUUCAUAUUGGAAAUCAUUUACUCAUA